UCAUCACUUUGUCAAAGUAGUGUGGAUCCACGAGGCGUAGCCGGAGUCAGGCUUGAAUGUUAAGUGUUGGGGGUUUGAAAUGUUUUGGUUCACGCGUGACGUUAGUCUCCCCCACAGGCGCUUUCAGCUCAUAUUGGGUGUCUAACGACAUCACUUUAUUGUACUAGAUGGAAACACGCCGCGUCAGUUGCCCUUAGGUUGUAAACACAUUUAUCUUGGCUUUGACCAUGAGCAAUCUUUUAAGGGUUGGAAAGAAAGUCUUUGGCUUUGGCAUUAUCGCCAUUAUUCUCAUAGUAACCUUCCUUUUCACGGUCCUUCCGUCCCGGCCAGUUUCAGAAAACAAAAAAGCAACUGAAAAGAUUGCACAGUUUCAAGAAAAGACAGAAUUACCGAAGAUAGAAUUACAACAGUAUGUUCAUCCGCAUAACAGUUCUAUUAAAGGAAUCGAGUUCAACCUGAAAAAAGCAACUGCAAAGACUGCACAGUUUCAAGAAAAGACAGAAUUACCGAAGAUAGAAUUACAACAGUAUGUUCAUCCGCAUAACAGUUCUGUUAAAGGAAUCGAGUUCAACCUGAGUCUUCAUAUCUACAGUCUUGCGAUGCAACUUAUGGCUCAACUGGAAAGCGGAAAAAAGGUAGAAAAAUUGACAAUGGAUUCGCUAAUAGAAGCCAUGGCGCCUGUGACCGCUAUAUCGAGUAAUCAUUUUCAUGAGCUCAUUGCACACCUUGGCGAUUUUCAUCGAUUCGUUCCCAACAAGAAACUGGUUGUUUACGAUCUUGGGCUCACUCAGAACGAAGUUUCAUCUUUAAAAGGGAUAGAUUAUGUCGAGUACAGAAAGCUUAAUGUAUCUGUAUAUCCUGAGCAUGUUAGAAACUUACACUCGUAUGCUUUUAAACCACUCGUCAUCCAGCAAGUACUUGCAGAACGAGGAGGAGUAUUGUGGAUGGAUUCUAGCGUGAAAAUCAGAAUGCCAUACACUAAAUUACUCGAACAAAUGGUGAACAGCAGCUCCGGAUUUCUUUACUACUUGCAUCCAAAUAGGCAUAACAUUUUGUCUGCUACCCAACCAAGGAUGUUUGAAUAUUUGCCAAUGAAUAACUUGCACGAAAUGAAGUUUAAUCAACCCCAGGCAACUGGAUUCAUAACUUUUAACACCCCCGAGAUCCGUAAGUUUAUAUUUAAAUGGGCGAUACUUUGUAGCCUUGUUCAGGAUUGCAUCAUACCCAAAGGGUCCACGAUAUAUUGUGGUUCUAAAUUUCCAGAAAAACCAGCUAGUGGUUGUCACCGGUAUGAUCAGUCGAUGUUUUCUAUUCUGGUAAGGAAUGAAUUCGGCUCAGAAACUAAGAGAUAUAUAAUAGGUGAGAAGUUAGAUUAUGCAGAUGUUAACAGAAUGACUUAACAUCCACCUGAAAGGUUUUUAUUCAUUAUUGCCAAAGGCUGAAAUAUGUUAAGCUUUACAAGAAUUAACGCAAUACAAUAUAAGUGUAUUGUGCUUUUACG